CAACAAGGAAGGUCACAGUAUCUUGGCGUCAAUAAUAGCCGGCUGAGCUCACUUGCCUGCUCAUUCAAGCUCUCGUCUGUGUCUGUGGAAACCCGCUAGAGGCAUCUUCUGUAUAUUUUGCCAACUCUGAAUACUUAUUUUUCUUCCUCGAGAUGGACUCUACAGAAGCAGUUAUCAGAGCCAGUGAUAGCAAAGUUGGUUCGCUGACAAGCAAAGAAGAAUUGAACAAUAGUACAGAUGUGGCGGGGGCACUUUCACCAAAUUCACAAACGGACAGAGACGACCCAGAGUACCUUGGGAUGUGGGAAUUGAUUCCUAUUGCGAUAGCCUUGGGUCUUGCGAUUUUCAUUAUAGGUCUCGACAACACCAUCGUAGGGACAUCAACGGUCACUAUAUCGAAUGAAUUCCAUGCUUUGGCAGAUAUUGGGUGGUACGGCUCAGCCUGUAUGUUUACAAGACCGGCUCACGAUAUCUUCGACUCGGUUUUUUUACAGCAAACUUUACGAACAAUUUCGAGUGAAAUGGAUUUUGAUCAUGGCAGUCGCUAUCCUUGAACUUGGAUCUGUUGUGUCUGCCGCAGCGCCCAACUCGGCAGCUUUCAUAAGCGGAAGGGCUAUUUCAGGUUGUGGCGCUUCUGGAAUUGUUACGGGGGUUUUCAUGUGAUUCCUGUACCCAUUUUUAUGCACUUAGCUUAUAUGUGUAUUAGCACCAUCGCUCAUUCUGUUCCUCUUCGGUUGAGACCGAUUUAUAAUAGCACAGUUGGGGCUCUUGAAUGCAUUGCAUCUAUCGUCGGACCAGUGAUCGGAGGUGCUUUGACAACAUAUGUUAGCUGGAGAUGGUGUUUCUGGCUUAAUUUGCCAGUAGGUGGGUUCACGAUUGUUGUUCUAGUUUUUUGCCUCAAGAACUCGAAGAAUCAGAAGAUUCCUGAAGGCUCGGUAGGUUUCAAACUCAAGCAGCUCAAUUUUCAACACCUCUUUGUGUUCUCCGGAAGCAUCGUAUGUUUGCUACUAGCUCUUCAAUGGGGUGGUAUUACGUACAGUUGGAAGAGCGGCAGAGUCGUCUGUCUUUUGAUGGCGUCUGCAAUCACCUUUGCGGCUUUUGCUACCCUGGAGUCGAUGCGUAAGGAGAAUUCUAUUAUCCCUCGCUCGGUUUUGUUCAACAAGACCAUGGGACUGUGCAUUCUGUAUGCCUUUUGUGCCUCAGCAUCUUUCAAUCUUACAGAUUAUUUCUUACCUAUCUGGUUCCAGGCAAUAAAGAACGCUUCGGCAGCCGCCUCUGGGCAAAUGCUGCUCCCGUCCAUCAUCUCCCUUUCCGUUGCUGCCAUCAGCUCUGGCUUCAUACUUUCCGCAAUUGGAUACUACACACCUCUCAUGUUGCUCGGGUCCACGUUGAUGGCUAUUGGAUUCGGGUUUCUCACAAGCUUCAAACCGAACACAGGACGCUCAUCAUGGAUAGGAUGGCAAGUCACCUACGGGUUCGGUAUGGGAUUCGCAAUUCCGCAACCUUGGUCGGCUGCCCAGACUGCGCUUCCGGUGGAAGACAUCCCAGCUGGAAUGACAGCUAUUGCGUUUGCCAUUAGUACCGGUGCUGCUCUUUUCAUAUCCAUCUCACAAACCAUUUUCACGAACCUCCUUCGCCAGGGCCUAUCCCAAUUACCUGGCAUCGACGUUGAUGGCAUAACUAAACAAGGGGCAACAAACCUCAUAGCAACUGUUCCGACACUGCUAAGGGAACAAGUGACCGAGGUCUAUAAUUCCGCUGUGACACAAACUUUUUGGAGCUGUGUAGCCGUAACUUGUUUGGGAAUGGUGGCUGCAAUAGGCAUGGACUGGAAUUCUGUCAAAAAGCCCGAGACAGAAAAAGGUAGUGGGACAGCAUGAAGAUGAAGGCUUCGAACCGGGAACGAUGUAUCCAAAUGAACUCCAUAUUGAUAUCUUGGCUCCGCCAAAGUAACAUAGAAAUCAGAUCAAAACUAGAGCUAUUAGAAUUCAGAUUUCGUUC